AACAAAAUGGUACUAGAAGGGCACAUGAGAGUAAAAGUGAAGCUGCUGCGAAUACUUCUCUCUUCUGGCGUCGACGUAUUAUAACCUCGACACAAUCAGGAAGUCCGGGCGUUUUUCCUCCGUGAUUCAGAUCGAAAACUUUGUUAGAAAGGGAAAGGGUCGGCUUUUAGCAAUUAGUUAUGAGGUGUCAUAUCUUUUAAGGGUCGCCGAUCAUUUAUUGAUGUCGUUUAUUACACUGUUUUAAACACGCAACUCACUAUUUAGGUCGUCGUCGUUAACCCGGAACACCUGGAUUUUGAUUUAAGAGARAUGGAUGUUUCUCACCUCACUGAAGAUGAAAUGGCAGAGAUAAAGAAAGACGUGCUGACCAGACUGCGGCAUUACCUCUGUGACAAGAUCAGAGCAGACCGCCACCUGGACUACCUGCGUUCCCGGAGGAUCCUGACCCGGGACGAUGCGGAGGAGAUAAGCUGCCGGACCACGCAGACCAAGAAGACGGCAACGCUGCUGGACAUCCUGGCUGAGAACCCUCGGGGUUUGGACGCUCUGAUUGACUCCAUCCGGGAGAUGCGCUCCCAAAACUUCAUCAUCACUAAAAUCACAGACGAAGUGCAAAAAGCAAAAAACGAGAAGAUCGAGUCUCUCAGAGCUGUGGGGGCCUCCAGUUCGUCCUCCGACAGCAGCUUCAGCACUCUGACCACAACGACUGACCUCCCCAACACCUUUUCAAACAACUCCACCCUCCUGUUCCACCCAGACGGGGAGCGAAGCCCUUCCACUUCAGACCUAGCCAGCUCUCUCAACGUGUCUUCGUUACAGAAGUGCGGAGACUUGCCCUCCGCGGCCGGGGCCAGCCUCGGUGUGGCACCCUCCUUGACCUCCUCCAGCCUCCCCAAGCCGGGGGACCCUGGGGCUCCUCCGCUGCCAGACGAGGUCAUGGCAGAGUCGCCUUCCAACAUAGACGCCACGUCGCCGGGGUGCACCAGCAGUGGGGGAGAUCCUAAUUUCCAGCCUCUCCGGUCGCGCUCGCUCACCCCAACGUCACWCAUCCCUCAGUUCACUUCUCUGUAGGACACUUCUCAUCCAGGGACAGACCGUUUAACUCAAUAAGCACACCCAUUGGCUCUUCCUGUUACUUGUGCCUUUCAUUUGGCAGAACACGAAGUACGUGAAACUACAUGUUACCACUAGGCAUGGGCCGCUGUGAGGUUCUCAUCAUGCUACCUGCUGAAACAUUUUGAAAUUCAAAACAUGAUCUAAGUACCUUGAUGUAAACAAAUAAUUUUACCAUCAUAUGCUGCUAAAAUAAUGUAACAUGUUGAUGUUUUCUAACUUGUUCUUUUGAUUUUAAUACACACUCUUGGAUAGAACGUAGAAUAAACACCUGCUAAAAUUA